AUGGCCGAGGAUGAUGAAUCAAAGAAGGAGAAAGAGGGAGAGAAGGAAGAGAAAUCACAGAAGGAGAAAGAGGAACCGAAGAAAGAGAAAGAGGGAGAAAAAGCUAAGAUGGAAGAAGAGGUUCACCCCCAUUCAAGAUCUAGGUGUAAUGAUUAUCAAGGCCAGGAAAAUUCAGAAGUGAUGUUGAGAGUAGAGGAAAAGAUGAACAACACAAGUUUUGCACAGAAGGCAAAGCUGGAACGUCAAGCCAAGAAGGCUGAGAUAGAUCAUGGCUGGGCUUCAGUCAGAUGUCAAGGACCUCUCAAGGAGUGGAGAACGGCUUUGUAUGCACCUAGCUAG